CUCUCCCAGUUUCCACCCCUCCAAUUAUUAUGUCUUUUCUGAGACUUGUUUCAAUCCAAACCUCUCAGUCUUAUUCUCUACAAAUAACACUCUCUUUCUCUCACCAACUAGCCGGCCAUGGCGACUGAACAAGGAUUCUUGUCACCUGCAACCCUCAUGCAAUACUUCACGGACGACGAUUCUGAUGACAAAGAAGAGGAAAUGGUUAACCAAGAAGAGGAAGAAGAAGAAGAAGAAGAAGAAGAGAGCUCAUCACAUAAUGAGAAUUAUUGCCCGAGUAUGUUCUCCAUGUGCAGAAGUAGAGCUCCAAGAACCCGGCGAGGUUGGUCUUUUGGUCAAGUUUUGGACCCGAGAGCCAAAUGGGUUCAAGAAUGGAAUAGGGUUUUUCUCCUUGUAUGUGCCACAGGGCUCUUCGUGGACCCUCUGUUCUUCUACGCUCUCUCUAUAAGUGACACGUGUAUGUGCCUCUUCAUCGAUGGGUGGUUCGCCAUCACCGUCACGGCUCUCCGGUGCAUGACCGACGUGUUACACGUAUGGAACAUGUGGUUGGAGCUCAAGAUGGCCAAGCGAACCUACUGUGUUGGUGCUGCUGCUGCUGCUGCCGCCACAGCCGCAGCCACCACCUGCGGUGUUGGCAGCGCAGAUAGCUCUGUGACCCACACAAUACAGCAGCAGAAUUCACGCUCGGUGGCUCUCCGUUACUUGAAAGCUAAAAAGGGUUUCUUCUUUGAUCUCUUUGUUAUCCUCCCCCUCCCUCAGGUUGUGCUGUGGGUGGCGAUCCCGGCGUUGUUGGAGAAAGGAUCAAUAACUCUAGUGAUGACAGUGUUCCUGAUAAUGUUUUUGUUUCAAUAUCUUCCAAAAAUCUACCACUCGGUGUGCCUCCUGCGCCGCAUGCAGAAUCUCUCUGGCUACAUAUUUGGAACCGUUUGGUGGGGGAUUGUACUCAACAUGAUAGCAUAUUUUGUUGCAUCACACGCAGCAGGAGCUUGUUGGUACUUGCUCGGGAUUCAGAGGUCUGCAAAAUGCCUGAGAGAGCAAUGCAGAGUAACAAAUGGUUGUGACCUUCGAUUACUGUCAUGCAAAGAUUCUAUUUACUAUGGCACAACUUCAAACAUGGUGAGAGAUAGAGCGAGACUGGCCUGGGCAGAGAACAAGCAAGCAAGAUUUACAUGCAUAGACAGUUCCAAUAACUAUGACUAUGGCGCUUAUAAAUGGACUGUUCAACUUGUCACCAAUGAUAGCCGCUUGGAGAAAAUACUGUUUCCCAUUUUUUGGGGCCUAAUGACUCUCAGCACUUUCGGCAACUUGGAGAGCACAACAGAAUGGUUAGAAGUUGUUUUCAACAUUAUUGUUCUAACCAGUGGACUUCUUCUUGUGACCAUGUUGAUUGGAAAUAUCAAGGUGUUCUUGCAUGCAACAACAUCAAAAAAACAAGCGAUGCAGUUGAAGAUGAGGAACAUAGAAUGGUGGAUGAGGAAGAGGCACUUGCCGCAGGGUUUCAGGCACCGAGUCCGCAACUAUGAAAGGCAACGAUGGGCCGCCAUGCGCGGGGUCGAUGAGUGUGAGAUGAUCAGUAAUCUGCCUGAGGGCCUAAGGAGAGACAUCAAGUAUCACCUCUGUUUGGACUUAGUGAGACAGGUACCAUUAUUCCAGCAUAUGGAUGAUCUAGUCCUGGAGAAUAUUUGUGACCGAGUGAAGUCCCUCAUAUUUACGAAGGGAGAAACUAUAACAAGAGAGGGUGACCCAGUUCAAAGAAUGUUAUUUGUGGUGAGGGGACAUCUUCAGAGUAGUCAAAUUCUGCAUAAUAAUAUAAAGAGUUGCUGCAUGUUAGGCCCCGGAAACUUCAGUGGCGAUGAGCUCUUGUCCUGGUGCCUGAGAAGACCCUUCAUCGAAAGGCUUCCGCCGUCUUCAUCGACUCUGGUGACCCUGGAAACUACGGAGGCGUUUGGCCUGGAAGCUGAGGAUGUAAAAUAUGUGACACAACAUUUCAGGUACACAUUUGUGAAUGAAAGAGUGAAGAGAAGUGCAAGAUAUUAUUCUCCAGGAUGGAGGACCUGGGCGGCUGUGGCAAUUCAGCUGGCUUGGAGGCGGUACAAGCACCGUUUAACGCUUACUUCGUUGUCGUUUAUACGGCCUCGGAGACCUUUGUCGAGGUGCUCAUCGUUGGGGGAGGAUAGGCUCAGGCUUUAUACCGCUUUGUUGACUUCACCAAAGCCGAAUCAAGAUGAUUUUGAUUUCUGAGAACUUAUGAUGAAACCAUGUAUGGAUUGUGGAAUUCAUUCUGUUUAAUUUGACGGAGUAAUUUAGUUCUCUUUCUCCAUAA